AUGGAGUACACAAAUGAAGAGUAUUGUAACAUGUUACUCAUUUAUGACGAAUGUGACAGAAAUUCACACGAGGCUAGACGUAUGUAUGUGGAACGUUACCCUAAUCGUAGACACCCAGAUGCAAACACCCCUUUACAAAGAGCGCAGAAGUAUAAAAACGAAGGAAAUAUAUAUUUCAAAACGGAAAGGUAUAAUGAGGCCGUUACUCAAUAUAAUAAAGCAAUCGACAUUUGUCCUAAGGAGUAUAAGGAUGAACUCGCAAUUUUUUAUCAAAAUAGAGCUGCUGCGUAUGAACAGUUGAAAAAAUAUAGUUCUGUAAAGACAGAUUGUACAAAAGCAUUGGAACUAAAUCCAAAAUACAUUAAAGCUUUGCUACGUCGGGCACGAGUUUUGGAACAAACCGGUGAUUUAGAAUCCGCUUUGAAGGAUAUGUCUACCGCCUGUAUUCACGAAAACUUUUCUGAUCAAGCUUCCCUUUUAAAGGCUGAAAUGAUGUUAGAAAAGCUUGGUGAGAUGGAACAAGUCGACAGAAACUCGUCACGCGAAAACUUUUUUAUGCUAACUACGCAUGCCAUAGAAAUAUAUUAUAUUAAAGCUUUCUUGAAAGAUCCAGUACUUUCCAGACUGGAAUGUCCAGAAAAUAUUCCAGAAUUUUUCAAGAAACCAUUACAAGCAUUAAAAAACGGAGAGUAUCAUAAUAUAAUACUGCUGUGCACAGAAAUCAUUGAAAGCCCCGAAUUUGAUACAUUACCUUCCUCUAAACUAGAGGUGCUGUUAUUACGAGCUACAUUUUACUUAUUUUGGAGAAAGUAUGAUGAUGCACGCGAUGACUUUAAAAUUAUUUUAUCUAGCAAAGAUGCACAUGAUAACGUAAAGGUAAACGCCUUGAUAAAAAGAGCAAAUCUACAUCGAGAAAUCGGAUUGCAACAUUUUACUUUCAAUGACUUGGAAUUAGCUAUUACCAUAAAUCCAAGUUGUUGCGAUAUUUACUAUCAUAGAGGACAGGCAUAUUUGGCCAUUCAAAUGCUAGACAAAGCUAAACGCGAUUUUGAAAAGGCCAUUGAAUGCAAUCCAAACUUCAGUGCGGCACACAUGCAAAAAUGGUAUACGCAUUAUCAUUUUGCGGUAUUGAACAAAGAUUUAAAUUUAGCUGAAAUGACUGUGAGAGACGUUGAAAAAGCUUUUGAUAAGUACUCAAAUUCUCCUGAAUGUAUAUGUUGUUAUGUUUUAUAUGCUCAGAUAAUGUCCAAAGCUCAACAGUACCAAAAGGCUGAUACUUAUUUUAUUAAAGCAAUAAAGAAAAAUCCAGAUUACGCAAUUAUUUAUUUGUUAUUGUGGAACAGUAAUAUUGAUGACAUUGAGAAAUACUUGAAUAAAGCAUUAAAAUUGGAGACAUGUUCUAUUGGAGGCAAGCUCAGAUGUAUUGAAAUACUAAAAACGAUCGAAAUACAAAGAGGAAACAUGGAGGAAGCAAUAAAAUUAUCUGAGAAGGCUUUAGCAUUUUGUCGUACAUUCAAGGAAAUGCUGUACAUAUACAGUGUACACGCUAUAAAGAUGCAUCUUGAUAGAAAUAAUCAAUUUGGACAUAUUAUCCAUUUCCUUCUGUCAUACUUUCGAUUUGAUAAACAAAAUGCCGUAGAAUUCGACAAACAUAUCUCUGUUAAUAGCGAUGAGCCACCCGAAGUGCUUUCUCCCACAGCAGAGUCGGAGGCCCCUUUACAAAGAGCACAGAAGUAUAAGAACGAAGGAAAUGUGUGUUUUAAAAUGAAAAAAUUUGAAGAAGCCAUUGCUCAAUAUAAUAAAGCAAUCGAAAUUUGUCCCAAGGAGAAUAAAGAUGAACUUGCGAUUUUUUAUCAAAAUAGAGCAGCUGCAUAUGAGCAAUUGAAAAAGUAUAGUUCUGUGAAAGCAGAUUGUACAAAAGCAUUGGAACUAAAUCCAAAAUAUAUCAAAGCUUUGCUACGUCGGGCACGUGUAUUGGAGCAAACAGGGGAUUUGGAAGCAGCCUUGAAGGAUAUACAUAUCGCGUGUAUUCAUGAAAGAUUUUCUAAUUUUAUUUCCGUUUUAAAGGAACAAACAAUCCUUGAAAAGAUUGGAAGACAACACGCUGAAGAAAAUUGGAGAAACAGAAAGUUAUUUAUAAGAAUUAUAAGUAAACCUUUGGUGAAAAUGUAUAUUUUAUGUUUUCCUAAAGAUCCAGUGUUUUCUAAACUUCAGUGUCCAGAAAAUAUUUCAGAAUUUUUAAAGAAACCAUUAAAAGCGUUAAAGAACGAAGAAUACAGUGAUAUAAUAUCGCUGUGCACAGAAAUUAUUGAAAGUCCGGAAUUUGAUACAUUAACUUCAACUAAACUAGAGGUGUUGUUGUUACGAGCUACAUUUUACGCACUUUUGGACGAGCACGAUCCUGCAAUUCAAGAUUUUGAUUGUAUACUGAACAGCGAAUAUGUAUCCGAUGAUGUAAAAAUAAACGUCCUGAUAAAGAGGGCUCAUUUAAAUUACAUGAACAUGAAUCUAGCAAUAGCUUUCAUGGAUGUUCAAUUAGCCAUUAGUAUAAAUCCGCAUUAUAGUGAUAUUUACUAUCACAGAGGACUGUUAUAUAUAUCCUGUGGCAAAUUAAAUGAAGCUAAGUGUGAUUUUGAAAAGGCUCUUGAAUAUAAUCCAAACUUUAGCAUGGCAUGCAUACAUAAAUGCUACAUAGAUUAUCGUAUUGCGAUGUUAAAUAAAGAUGUAAGAUUAGUCGAAGCGACUGUGACAGCUUUCGAGAAAAUUUUCGAAAAGUGUACAAAUCUUCCUGAAUGUACAUUUUAUUAUCUUUUUUGUUGUAAGAUGAUGUCCGAAACUCGACAAUAUCAAAAGGCUCAUAUUUAUUUUACUAAAAUAAUAAAGAAAUAUCCGAAGGACAUAUCUAUUAUAGCUCUAGUCUAUCAACAGAGAGGCAUUUUGCAAUUACAUUGGGACUGUAAUUUGGAUAAAGCUAUGAAAUAUUUUAACAAAGCAAUAGAAUUAGAUAAAAAUUGCAGUGGUACAUAUGAAGCGUUAGGAGUCUUAGAAUUAAGAAGGAGAAACAUAGAAGAAGCAGUAAGAUUGUUCGAUAAAAGUUUAGUAUACUGUCAUGAAUUUAAGAAACUGCUACGCGUAUACUGUUUCAGAGAACUAGCAACUGUAGAACUUAAAGUAAAAAAUCAGUUUACACAUUCUUAUUCUUUCAAUCCUAAUCUUGAUUUACUACUUUACAAAUACUUGGAAGAAACAGAAGAUUACAGCAAAUGUGUGCUAAGUUAA